GCUUGCGGGGAAACUUCCUUAUUAUUGUGACGCCGAAAACCGAGAAACCCCGAGCCGGGCCAGAGGGGCUGUGACAGUCGGAAUCCCGAGCUGCGGUUCGGCAGCUGCCGAGCUUCCAAGGUAAGGUGGAACAGUUCGGCUUCUAGUUCUAAUGCCAAGUGUGUGAUCUUUGGCUACAUGACUCUCUGAAGGAUAAGAACAAUGUUAUGCUGGGGAUACUGGUCUCUGGGCCAACCAGGUAUCGGCACCAACCUGCAAGGAAUUGUGGCUGAGCCACAGGUGUGUGGAUUCAUAUCAGACAGAAGUGUCAAGGAAGUGGCCUGUGGAGGAAACCACUCAGUGUUCCUGCUGGAGGAUGGGGAGGUGUACACGUGUGGCUUGAACACUAAGGGGCAGCUGGGCCAUGAGAGGGAAGGAAACAAGCCAGAACAAAUUGGAGCUUUGGCAGAUCAGCACAUUAUUCAUGUGGCAUGUGGAGAGUCCCACAGUCUGGCCCUUAGUGACCGGGGCCAGCUGUUCUCUUGGGGUGCAGGGAGUGAUGGUCAACUAGGACUCAUGACUACUGAGGAUUCUGUAGCAGUGCCCAGGUUAAUACAGAAGCUGAACCAACAGACCAUAUUACAAGUUUCAUGUGGCAAUUGGCAUUGCUUGGCUCUUGCAGCAGAUGGCCAGUUCUUCACAUGGGGAAAGAACAGCCAUGGGCAACUGGGCCUAGGGAAGGAGUUCCCUUCCCAAGCCAGCCCACAAAGGGUGAGGUCCCUGGAGGGCAUCCCGCUGGCCCAGGUGGUUGCAGGGGGUGCUCACAGCUUUGCCCUGUCUCUCUCAGGAGCUGUUUUUGGCUGGGGGAUGAAUAAUGCAGGACAGCUAGGACUCAGUGAUGAAAAAGAUCGAGAGUCUCCUUGCCAUGUGAAACUUUUACGAACCCAGAAGGUUGUCUAUAUUAGUUGUGGAGAAGAACAUACGGCAGUCCUCACAAAGAGUGGAGGUGUGUUCACCUUUGGUGCUGGUUCCUGUGGGCAACUUGGACAUGACUCCAUGAAUGAUGAGGUUAAUCCAAGAAGAGUUCUAGAGCUGAUGGGCAGUGAAGUAACUCAGAUUGCUUGUGGCAGACAACACACUCUAGCCUUUGUGCCUUCUUCUGGACUCAUCUAUGCAUUUGGUUGUGGAGCUAGAGGUCAACUAGGAACUGGACACACUUGUAACGUUAAGUGCCCAUCUCCUGUGAAGGGUUACUGGGCUGCCCACAGUGGACAGCUUUCAGCCCGAGCUGAUCGCUUUAAAUAUCAUAUUGUUAAGCAGAUCUUCUCUGGAGGAGACCAGACUUUUGUACUCUGCUCCAAAUACGAGAAUUCUUCUCCUGCUGUUGACUUUAGAACUAUGAACCAAGCACAUUAUACCAGUCUAAUAAAUGAUGAAACCAUAGCAGUUUGGAGACAAAAACUUUCAGAACACAACAAUGCAAAUACAAUCAAUGGAGUUGUUCAGAUAUUAUCCUCUGCAGCCUGUUGGAAUGGAAGUUUUCUUGAAAAAAAAAUUGAUGAACACUUUAAAACAAGUCCCAAAAUCCCUGGGAUUGAUCUGAACUCAACUAGGGUAUUAUUUGAGAAGUUAAUGAACUCUCAGCACUCCAUGAUUCUAGAACAGAUCUUAAACAGCUUUGAAAGUUGCCUAAUUCCCCAGUUGUCAAGUUCACCACCAGAUGUUGAAGCAAUGAGAAUCUAUUUAAUACUACCUGAGUUUCCCCUGCUCCAGGAUUCCAAGUAUUACAUAACAUUGACUAUUCCCUUGGCCAUGGCCAUUCUGCGACUGGAUACAAACCCUAGCAAAGUAUUAGAUAACUGGUGGUCUCAGGUAUGCCCAAAGUAUUUCAUGAAGCUGGUAAACCUCUAUAAAGGAGCAGUCCUUUAUCUACUGAGGGGGAGAAAGACAUUCUUAAUUCCUGUACUGUUUAACAAUUACAUUACAGCAGCUCUCAAGCUCUUGGAGAAAUUAUAUAAGGUAAAUCUUAAAGUGAAGCAUGUGGAAUAUGAUGCAUUUUACAUUCCUGAGAUUUCCAGUCUUGUGGACAUUCAGGAAGACUACCUCAUGUGGUUCUUGCAUCAAGCAGGGAUGAAGGCUAGACCAUCUAUAAUACAGGAUGCUGUAACACUUUGUUCCUAUCCUUUCAUUUUUGAUGCCCAAGCCAAGACCAAAAUGUUACAGACUGAUGCUGAACUACAGAUGCAGGUGGCGGUCAAUGGAGCCAAUCUGCAGAACGUCUUUAUGCUUCUCACUCUGGAGCCUCUGCUGGCCAGAAGCCCCUUCCUGGUCCUUCACGUUCGCAGGAACAACCUUGUUGGAGAUGCCCUAAGAGAGUUGAGCAUUCAUUCUGAUAUUGAUUUGAAAAAGCCUCUCAAAGUAAUCUUUGAUGGGGAAGAAGCAGUUGAUGCUGGUGGUGUUACAAAGGAGUUCUUCCUUUUGCUGUUAAAAGAACUUUUGAAUCCAAUCUAUGGAAUGUUUACCUACUAUCAGGAUUCAAAUCUCUUGUGGUUUUCAGAUACAUGUUUUGUAGAGCACAACUGGUUUCACUUGAUUGGCAUAACCUGUGGACUAGCUAUCUACAACUCCACCGUGGUUGAUCUCCAUUUCCCAUUGGCUCUUUACAAGAAAUUACUGAACGUAAAACCUGGCUUGGAAGAUUUAAAGGAACUGUCACCUACUGAAGGAAGGAGUCUUCAAGAGCUUUUAGAUUACCCUGGUGAAGAUGUUGAGGAAACUUUCUGCCUCAAUUUUACGAUCUGCCGAGAAAGCUACGGAGUAAUUGAACAGAAGAAACUGAUACCUGGGGGAGACAAAGUGACUGUGUGCAAGGAUAACAGGCAGGAGUUUGUAGAUGCCUAUGUGAAUUAUGUCUUCCACAUCUCAGUUCAUGAAUGGUACACAGCAUUCUCCAGUGGCUUCCUAAAGGUGUGCGGUGGCAAAGUACUUGAGCUCUUCCAGCCUUCAGAACUGAGGGCCAUGAUGGUAGGGAACAGCAACUACAACUGGGAAGAGCUAGAAGAGACUGCCAUCUACAAGGGUGAUUAUUCAGCCACACAUCCCACUGUGAAACUAUUCUGGGAAACAUUUCAUGAGUUUCCAUUAGAAAAGAAGAAGAAAUUUCUCUUAUUCCUGACUGGCAGUGACCGGAUUCCCAUCUAUGGCAUGGCCAGCCUACAGAUCGUCAUCCAGUCCACGGCCAGUGGGGAGGAGUACUUGCCUGUGGCCCACACUUGCUACAACCUGCUUGACCUCCCCAAGUACAGCAGCAAAGAGAUUCUGAGUGCACGACUGACCCAGGCACUUGAUAACUAUGAGGGGUUUAGUUUGGCCUGAGUCUCUCCAGCUGGUUCUAGAUGUCCCUUCCUUCCUCAGUGUCCACAUUGAGGUCUAUAGAGAAAAUCAUGGGGAGUGAUCUAUUUUUUUAUUGUCUAAGUGGAUUGGGACUUUUGAAUCCUGAAACUGGUUGAUGUGCUUCUGGGGUUAUAAGUAGCUAACAGCCUGGUCCAAAAAUCAGGGGUUGGGGAUAGGAUGAAAAAUUGACUCUGAUAUGGGAGUUGGUUUGAAUUUUGUUUUGUUUUUGUUUUAAACCAAACUACCCAGUAUUCUUUUUACCUGUGAAUGUGUUGCAUUCUGCUGGAUAAAAUGGCAGUAGACUUUUAACCUUUCAUUUCCUAAAUGUCUGUCUCAGCCUGUUCUUUCCUCACAAUGCUUCCUUUUCCUUCUCCUAACUUCUCAUUCCUCUAUAAGAAUGACUUUGACUGAUCUGUUCCUUCCUAACUGCGCAUGCUGACUGCCUCCUUUCUCUUCAGCCUUGGAAAUGCCCUGGCUUGUUGCAGCCUACUCGAAUCUACAGGAGGAAAGGACUACUUCAGAAACUCCCAAUCCCCCAAAGCCAAGUCUGAAUCCAUUACUUCAGCAGAGCUCUUGAGAAUUUCCGGGAGCCUUUAUGAACACAGCUUGCUUAAAAAAAUAAAUAAAUAAAUAAAGUUCUUGAGGGAAUAGCAACCUUCCCAUGGCUGUGCAUAUUUCCUAGGCCUCCUUAAAGAUAUGCAGAGCAGCUUCAAGUUGCAGUUGAGCCUAAUUUUGUUUUACUGCUCAGCCAUGCCCCUUUGACAAUAAGAUGAAUUGAUAGGCCUCCCACCCCUUCCGUUAUCUAGCUUUUGGAGCAAGUUGCGUUAAUUUUUUUUUUUUAAACAGAGUCUCUAUAUUGCCCAAGAAAAGUAGAAACAAUACAUUUCUCACCCCUUUCUCUGUUUUAUGUCAUCUUUCUUCUCUUUUCUCCUUUCACCCCUCCUUUACUUUGCUUUUCUCUCUUCUCUACUGCAUCCUCUUCUUUGUUAGGACUUAAUUCUCCCUUCCUCCCUUCUCCUUCUGGUGGAUACAUGCUGUUUUUUUUUUUUUUUUUUUUCUUUUUAUUUAAAUUUCAAAUUUUCUAUUUAGAUUUUUUUCCCUCUUCCCUAAUUGUUAAGACUUAAGGACAUUCUUUAUGAUAGAAUUUUUGUUUAUCACAUUUGAAAUGUUUGUUUACAGUGGAAUUUUGAGGGGAUUAUGUUUAAAUCAAAUAUAUGUAUCUCAAAAAUGACAUGUUCAACCUUCUUCAUCAUGGGAUAAGAGAAUUCUACAUGAUCAAAGAACCCAUGUAAGCCUAAUUUUAAAUUCCUAGUAACUAGAGAAAAAACUUAUUUAUAUAAAAUGAAGUAUUUAUGAACCGUGAUACAGAUUCAAAUCUCAAUGAAGGAUUGUGGAUUUUUGCUUUUUGUUUUUAAAACUUACUCCAAUUGCUAAAUUGGUAGUUUUUCAGUCUUUAUAAAUACAAUAUUAAAAAAAGAUAUACAGUUAUAUGAAAUGUUUAUUUUCUAUGUGUGUGCAUAUAGUACAAUAUUAUGCAAUAAAUUCGGUGUUUUAACUUAAAACUAUUUCUUCUUGUACUUGCAGAAUGGUCAGCUUGCUUUCAUUAGAAGCAUCAGGUCAUAUACCCAAAUAAUCUAAUGGAAGGUGAAAUUUGGUUCCUGCCAUAAGAAAGUAGAACCAAGUGCUGAGAAAUAAAGCAAGCAGGGGCAGGAGCACGGAGGAGGGAUGGGAUUUCUGAAAGUUGUAAUAAGCAAAAAGUCCUUUCCAGAGAGGAAGAGGCCUCAGCAGAGGUGCACACUCGGGAGCAUAUUUUAGGGAAGGGUGUGGAACAGUUUGAAAGGAACAUCAGAAGAAGUGGAGUAAUGGUAAUAAGACUAGAGAGAUAGAUGGGGGACUUGGACUGGGAGAACGUGGCUCCACAUUAGAACUUUAGUGGGUAACUGGGUGGCAUUUGCUCAAGGAUCCAGAGCCCCUAGGUCAUGUGACCUGAGCCCUUUUUUUUGUUGUUGUUGUUGUUACUAGGAAUUUAACCCAGGAGUGCUUAACCACUGAGUCACAUCCCCAGCCAUUUAUAAAGUUUUAUUAGAGACAGGGUCUCACUAAGUUGCUUAGGGCCUUGCUAAGUUGCUGAGGCUGGGUUUCAACUCUCCAUCCUCCUACCUCAGACUCCUGAGCCGCUGGGAUUACAGGUGUUAACCACUGCAACUGACUCUGAUCCUGGUUUUAAGAAGGAAAAUGUGGAUGGUAUAAAUUUGGAAGAUUUGGAAUGGGAAGGACUAAAGCAGAAACACAGCAGCUCACAGCAGCAAGGGUAGCAACAGUGUAACUAGGAAGAGCUGUGCAAAGGAGAUGGAGAUGAGGAAGAAGAGAAAUUGAAGAUGAAUUAGACUUGUUCAUCCAGUGAUUGACCCUUGGCCCACUUAUGCAUGCUGUAAG